AUGGUUGAAAAUGGCGUUAGAUUCUUAUUUUUAUCAGCAAAACUAUUACAUGAACCUAUUGUUCAACAUGGUCCAUUCGUUAUGAAUACACAAAAAGAAAUUCAACAAGCUUUUUAUGAUUACCAAAUGAGUAGAUUUUAA